GAUCCCUCCCCCGGCGGCGUACAGUAGACAGACAUCCAUCAAAAACGGCCCAUCGGUCUUAGACCAAGUCACCCUCUAUUCGUACCUGACAAUCCUGCGACGACUAAGAGACGGAAAUUCCCCGCUCAACAAGGCGCAAAUAUCAGCGACCGCAUCCUGUCAGUGACAGAUCGAGGGGACGUGGGCACAACUUUUCGACAAGCCAAAGGCCACCACCACCACCACCGCCGCUCUCCCCCCGCCGUAUGGAUUCGCGACAAGGGACAACGUGGCUGCCGGGCAAUUCCUGACCGCCACCUAGGUCAUCCACAAGACGACCUAGAGACCCGGAACCUCUUCGGCGCAAACAAACAGCGUCUUGGGUAGGAAAGGGAGGAAAUCAAAUUAAAAACAGAACUGGAAUAUAGGCAGUACCGUUGCUAUUGUAGCAAGACCAGGCGCCUGAAAGCCCUUGGGGGGUAUCGAGGUUGUCUCCAAAUCCACGAGAAAAAUUAUCAAGAUGGCGGUUCCUAUGACCGAAACCGAAGACCUCAAGGCAAAUGGCAGCGGCGCCGAGAGCACGAGGAGAAGUAUGGACAGCACGAUGCGGAGCGACUUUGUGCCGCUCGUGGCUGUGGUCGAUUUUCACCAUGCCCGAGGCCCCGAGGUGGAGAGGUGGUUCGGCGCUCCGGAAGGCUUUGACCCCGCCGUCGAGUACGAUUGGUCCUUGCUGCCGUUCAUGGCCCUGAGCGAUGGUGCGCAUGCCUCGACAGAGGAAUUCUCCUACUUCACCCUUCUCCGCCCGGCCACUGAUUCUUCCCCGGCGACAUCACUCUUCGGAAUCGCGUGCACGAGACAGAUGGACUCGUCUCAGUUGAUCAACAGACCUGCAGACGUGACGCGGUCGACGGUACAAAAGGCCGUCGUUGUCAUCGCCGACCACCCGCGCUCGUUUGGCAUGUUGCGCGAGCGCAUGAGCAUCGUCACCAAGGCUUGGUUCGACCAGCGAGAGUUCACAGACGUCGAUAUUCUUCGUCGCUUCCAAGAGAGCCUUGCUGAGGACAAGAGCAGGGGCAGACUUGCUUCUGAGGAUGAAGAUAAAGAUACGUACCUGGGCCUUAGUCUGCGGGAAUUGGUCAGAGAGUUCAAAUGGCAAACACUAGUGCUGUUUAAGUGCUGUCUACUGCAGCCCAAGAUGCUUUUCUUUGGAUCCCGUUGCGAGCGACUAUGCAUGAUGCAGUUUUCUCUUAUUUCAUUGAUACCCGGCCUUCUUCGCCACUUACAAGACAGCGCCAGCCCAGAAUUACACAGUUACGAGGACAGGCUAUCAAAACCCACUGGAGUCAAGACUAGUGAUCGCACGUCCCUCUUGGCUUACAUGGGGAUGCCAUUGCAAAUAUUCGGCAAGGGAAGUUUGUUUGGCCCUUACACUCCCUUACAACAAUUGGACAUAUUAGCAGACCAUGGUACCAAAUCCUACAUUGUAGGAAGUACCAACUCUAUCCUUCUGCAACAGAAGGAUCGCUACAGUGAUAUUCUUAUCGACCUAGAUCACAACUCGGUCAGCAUAACAUCGCCAUCUCUCAAAUCGGCGCUCGCCCUUUCGUCGGCAGACAGGCGGUGGAUCGAAUCCGUUGCGGCCGAAGUCAACGACACCUGGGAUGAAGCGAACCCAGGGCGCCCCAAGACCAUGGGGUAUAAAGGAAGUGAGGAGUCAAUCAGGCUCCAGUUUGAGGAUUACAUGUUGUCCCUGAUGGCUGCUGUCAAGUGCCGAAACUGGCAAGCCAAGCACAAGGACAACCCUCGAAUGCAGUUGUCCCACGUUGAGGGUGACCCGUCGGUUGACUUCAACCCGGACUGGAUCGAGCAUUGGAUGCGAACUGAUAACUACCGCAUGUGGAACACAUACACGGAUGACUGUCUGUUUGACAUUGCCGAGCCUAAACAUCCGUGCGCGAGCGGGCUUAGCCGUCUCGCGCAACAAGUCCAGGACUUGGGCUUGGACGAGCGCCUUGCCGCUGCCGGUGUCGUCGUUGGUCGUGGCGUCGCUGCAGGUAAGGAGCGAGCGUCAACGAUUCUCAAUAAACUCUAUUCCGACGUCGAGGCCCUGCGGGAAGCUCAACGAAAAAGGGCCGAGCAGCAGCAACAGCAGGCCAAGGAUAACGGAAACGGUACGGCACGCAACUCUCAGGAUACACCCGGCAUCACACGUGCCGCCGAGUCGGGCAGGGCCGCACAACCGGCGCAGACCGUAGGUGCGAGGGCAGGCGCAUAUGCGAGCUCGUGGGCCUCGUGGGCCGGUGAGAAGCGCAAGGCCUGGGCACGAUCCAGCAGCACCACGGCCGCCUCACCCCCUGCCGCGACAACCCCUACGACUGCGACCGGCGGCUGGAGUUUUGUGGGCCGAAAAAGCAGCAAGCGAGACACGACGAGCAGCCUUGCAUCGUCGCGCCUGUCAUACUCGGACGCAAACUCGGAGUCCGAGUUCAAUCUACGCAGCCCAACGGCUUCAGUAGCCUCCUCUGGCCUCCACGUCGAUGCAGAACCGACGCCCCCGUCUGAUGUCUCAAUACCGACGUCUCCGGCGACCGAAAAGCGGUCCAUGCUUUCACCGGAACAACUGGGUGGCAGCAGCUCCGGGAACCUCAAGGGGCUUGAGGACGGGGCUACACCAGUCCCAUCGACUGCAGUCACCCCUACAACCGACGCGCCAAAGGAAGGGAUACUGCAGCCUUCUGCCGCAACCUCCGUCCCUGUCUCCACAGCCCAGGCUGUCUCUGACAAGGCAGACGAAGAAGAAGAGGAGGACUCAAAGCCCAACGUCUUUGCCACUAUCGAGACGGAGAACGUAUGGGCCAUCGAUAGCCCUUCUUCCCCAAUCCCCUUGCGCAAGUCUUCGCCCAAGCCAGAGGGCACGGCACCCGUCGGCUCCAAGAUUGUCUUGCUGCCCUGAAGCUUUUCUUUUUCUUCGCCCCCAUCUUUUCAGUCUUGUCGAGUAACACCAUUUUGUAUUGCAUGGUAAUCUAUGACGAUUGGGAUAUGUUUGUUUGAAUUCGGAUAAUGAAGGGUCAUGUUGAAAAUAAAUAGAUGAGCCAUGUUCGCUUAAAGGGUCUGGAUUACCGACUGAUCUUUAUUUUUUUAUUUUUUUAUUUUUGUUAUGGAUUUUUCUUUUCUCUUUGUUUUCUCGGGGAGACCAUUUGCAUACAUCAUCGCGUAUAUAUAAUAGUUUUCAUGUCUGGAUAAUUUGCGUUGGUG